AUGCACCCAAUCGGUGCCAUGAGGAGACUGCAGGAGACGAAUGCAGACUUCAAGUUAGUAGACAUUUAGAUUCCAUUGUCUAAUUGAUUUUUAGAAUAGCUCAUAUAUUCAAUACAGAUGAUACAGUUUGAGAAAUAGUUUUCUAUGCCAAUUUACAGACAAUGUUUUUAGUUCAAGGUGUAAUUUAUUGCAUGGCAUGGAGUGGUACAGCAUUUUCCUGUUUUCAAUAUCUAAAGUAAUGGUGAUAUAUUCUUGCUGUUUCAAUGGAUAAGGGGUAUUAUAAUUGCCAGGUGAUGUGUCAAAGAUGUUAUGUUAUGUCAGUAGUCAGUGAGCAUUGUUCUUCCUGGUUUACCUACAAAGAGGACCCAAACUAUGGUCCUUUCCUGGAGAGUGUGAAUGCCGGGGACAAUGCUGAGCACACUUACUGGGAGCUCCUUGUUCAGACUGUGAAGAAUGGACCCGUGAUCAGACCUGAUGUUGAUGAGUAA